AUGUACGACCCCAGAGACGUCGAGAUGAUACAAGCUUCUGAAGAAUGCAGGAUCGCCGUUGUACGGAAACGCGUAACUGACCCCGAGACAAGGUCGGUGCGCGUUGUGACGUCCGUAUGGGCGUUUAGCGAUGACAACACUACGCGUGUAGAGCUACGUAUGGAGGACGAUCAAAUGUACAUUCCGUACUCUAGUUACUUCAACCCAGCUAAAGUCUCAAUUACCGUACCCUGCGAACUCAAGUUUCACGAUAUCAAGCAUGGCAACCGGCCUGCACGGACAGAGAAAACAAGUUGGGUCAAUUAUGUUUUCGACUCGGGACAGGCGGCAGCACUGUUCCAAAACGAACUAAUGGGUCGCACCCUUCUCGCCACCUUCCGGACAGAGAAAACAAUGCGCAUUCACGAAGGUCUUUCCAAGUCUUUCUCCUAUGCCGAGCAAAUGUGUGGCCUCGAGAAUCUACGGGUUUGGGAAGACAACGAUACAGGCGCCAUAAUCGCCCUGAUCCACUUCUCUGCCGACUUUAGAAAUGGCUAUCUAGCCUUUUACCUCAACUCCUCUGUCAACCCUAUCAAAGUCAAAGACGAUGGUAACAGAGAGGUGAAAAUCAAGGGUCUGAGAGUGCCAAUCGACAGAGGCGAUCGCGCGAUGAGGAAAGAUAGUGUUGCCGAGGCUGCGGUCAAAGGAAAAGGAAAGGAGAAGGUGGGGAUUGAGAAGGCGGUGGAGAAGGGAAAGGUCAUCAGUGGAGCAAAGAUUGAGUUCGCGACUGACAUGGAGAAGAAGGAGUUUCUGGAAAUGUGUAAGGAGAUGCAGAGGAAUAUGAUUGAGCUACCGGAUCUCCUGGGUGUUAAUUGA